AUGAAGCUCACCCUCGUAACCCUCACCACGCUUCUAGCAACCACAACCACCGCAUCCCCUCUUGGCCUCGAACCACGGCAACAAUGCAGUACAGCCUGGAGGUACCCCUACACAGGUCGCGCCCCUCCUGGCAACUACAAAGCGUUCAACCUAGCUAGCUGCACGGCGCAACUCAGCUUCAACAAAGACCAAUACGUAGGCGUACAAUGGGCCUUUGAAGCCACCUACGCCGACGGCAGCCGUGCUGAACUCAAGCCCUUCCGCGACUUCAACAGCUUCGGCGUCAGCGAUACGUUCUACCCCUACCUUGGCAACAACUUCCUCACUAGGUAUCCCGGAAACUCGGCGUUCACGGCUGUGCAUGAGUUCAGCAGUGUGUGCAAGAACGGGCAAGCGCCUGUCUCGUGGAGAUUCUACACAACAUCGGGGACGGCGAAUGGUUGCUAUACUACGGAGCAAAUUCGUGCUGUUGAAGAUGUUUCGCGUCCGGCCAAGGUUACAGAUGUGUCUUUACGGAGGAGCAAUGAUGCUGGAGACUUCCAGGUCAGCUGGUCGCCGGUGUCGAGAGCGGUUGCGUAUUCGGUGAUUGUGCAGUACCCAACUGGUACGGAUGAGGUUGGGAAUCCGUAUACGAAUGUGAGGGGUGCACGCGUACAGGGAACAUCAACCUCGGUUGCAACGACCACGCGCAGGCAAGAUGUACAGAGAAAGGCGAUUGUUCAUGCUGUUGACUCCCAGGGUGUGUGGUCAUUUACAAGCGAUAUACAGGCAGUUGUUGCUAGUUGGUAG